GAUAAGAGUUAAGUCUCGGCAGAUUUAUAUGCCUAUGGCCUGCUUUGUGUCGAGGCCUAACUUAAUACAAUUUAAUACGAUACAUAAAAAUACAACGAGAAAAUGUGGAAGAGAAAUCAGCUGCACAUUCUAACAGUGGCAACAACCCUGAGCUCAGCAGCAUUCUGUCUUCACACGAUUCCUACAAAACCACAGGAGAGAGUGAUCAGACAUGGCACAAUAUUUGUUGGAAAUCAGAGAAAGUUUUUCUCUAAUGAAACUAAAGGUGGGGCUGGAGAUUUAGGAGAUACUGAUGGAUACCAAGCUGAUCAGCCUGAGGCAGAAGUGGGGUACACGCUUGCUGAGCAACAACUCCACCAGUUGAGGCCUUCUGUGCAGUGUGAUAAUGACUCCAUGACCUUGAGGAUGCUGGGAAAGCGAGUACCUGACUUCUUGGUUGAGAGAGAUGGGAAGACCCCAGUGCCGCUAUCUGAAAUGCCUGCCGACUGUGGCUUAUCGGUGAAGAGGGCACGCAGAGAUAUCUUCCUUGUUGCCAAGUAUGAUGGCUGUCAUAUGACACAAGAGGGGGAUAAUUACAUCCUGCCAUUACGCUUGUGGGGAGUGCCAGUGAAAAUGGGUUGUCCUGUGGAAGCUCUUUUUCUUACAGUCUCUUGUACCCUUUCUGCAAUGGUAAUUCAAGUUGGCAACUCUGUGGAUUCCCUCAAAGUGAAAGUGAAUGGAGAAUGGCAGCCUCUGGCCCAAGCCUGUGACACCUGUGGGUUCACCCUAGAGGCUGUGCCAAGUGAAUGGAUUGUCACUGCUCCAUAUACGAGCAAAUGUUGGCAAAUUGAGGGUGAAGAAAGGCUCUUGUCUGUGUUGUACAGUAAUGGAGAGGUGACACUUUCCUGCCCACUAGACACCACUCCUUUACCUACUGAUGAAGAGCUUCCACCAGUUCAUCCCAUCCCACCAGUGGAAUAUCCUUUUCCAUAUCCUGGGAAUCAGUUUUGGCCUUUCUAUCUUGGCUAUCCUGGCACUCCUCCCAGGAGCCCCACUUCUGCUACAACAGGUACAAGCCCAACAGCACCUGCUGCAACAGUAACACCUCCCAGUGCUGAUGAUGACUUCUGGAAUCCCUAUGGCCAUGGCAGGAAUUGGCUAUUCUAUCCUGGCUAUCCUGGUUAUUCUGGUACGCCUCUCAGGAGCCCCACCUCUGGCCCAGCAACUCCUGCCACAACAACUACUACUGCUACAACUACUACCAACCCAACCACCACUGCUGCAACAACAGCUAAACCUUCCGUUGCAGAUGACCGCUUCUGGAAUCGCUAUGGCCAUGGGAGAAAUUGGCUCUUCUAUCCUGGCUAUCCUGGUUAUUCUGGUCCCCCUCCCAAGAGUGCCACCCCAGCCUCAGCAACACCUGCCCUAACAACUACUACUGCUUCGACUACUACCAACCCAUCAACUGCUGCUACAAUAGCUAAUCCUCCUGGUUCAGAUGAGCGCUUCUGGAAUCCCUAUGGCCAUGCCAGGAAUUGGCUGUUCUAUCCUGGCUAUCCUGGUUAUUUUGGUCCCCCUCUCAGGAGCCCCACCCCUGGCCCAACAACUCCUGACCCAAAAACUCCUGACCUGAAUACUGCUACUACUACUAGCAACCCAUCAACUGCUGCUACAACAGCUAAACCUCCUGGUGCAGAUGAGCGUUUCUGGAAUCCCUAUGGCUAUCCUAAGCAUUGGCUCUACUACCCCAGCUAUCCUGGUGCUUAUGGCUAUCCUGAUGCUCCUCCCAGGAGUCCCACGCCUGGCCCAACAACUCCUGACCAGACUACUGCUACAACUACCACCACCCCAACAACUGCUGCUACAACAGCUAAACCUAUCGUUUCAGAUAAGAGCUUCUGGAAUCCCUAUGGCUAUCCUAAGCACUGGCUCUAUUAUCCCAGCUAUCCUAGUGCUUAUGGCUAUACUGAUGUUCCUCCAAGAAAACCUCCAACCACUGCGACAAAUCCUGCAGCAACUAGCCCAACAACUGCCGCCACAAUAGGUAAGCCUCCUGGUGCAGACGAGCGAUUUUGGAAUCCUUACAGUCAUGCAAAGUAUUGGCGCUUCCACCCUGGUGCCUCUCCCAUGAUACCAACAUCUACCUCAAUAACAUCUACUGCCACAACAUCAGCUUCAACUGUUAAACCUCCUCCCAAUGCUGAUCAACAGCCACAUUGGUCUCCACUCCCUUGGCUCCCAACUGUGUAUGAUCCAUCAGUUUACAGUAGUACUGGACAAGCAUACCAAAUACCCUGGAUGCCAUACCACCCAAGGCAAUCUGGGAGAGAUCAAAAAGGCUUGCUGCCAGUAGCUACUGCUUCAGUAGUAAAUGGUGCUGCUUCAGUCAAACCGAAAUGGUAUCACCCUACGUACCAAAUGCCUGGUGCUCCACAGCUGCAAACCUCUGCGGCUACAAAGCAUACGCAUCAUCCAGGUAUGCCACAUCCCUAUUCAUGGCCAAUGUACCCUUCUUCCUCUAGGCAGUCAUUAAGGGACACUGGGAUUGACCCUAAAUUGAACUUCGAUCAAAUGUUUGCUAGCAGAGGGUGGAGCUCUCUGCUCUAUCCGGCCCAACUUUCUCCUCUUCAGGUCAAAGCUGGCCAAGUGUAUAAAGGUAGUGACUUGGUUCCUAGUCGAUGAACAAACAUCCCCAAAAACUGAGGUUUCUGUUUGUUGUGUUUUUGUCAAUAAAAAAACAAACACAAAAAUGA